CUUGUUUCAUCAUCUCUUGCUGUAAGCCUUGGAGCCCAAAAGAAUGAACACUAAUAUGAGAAGCUCUUCCCCUUUACUUCAACUGAGACCUUCUUUAUGUUUCUCUCACUCACUCUCUCCUUCAAAGCUAAUAUUAUCGAAAUCAAAGCGGUUAAACUUGGUUCAACAUCGUUUAGUAAUCAAAAACUCAAGUGGGUUUGAUGGAAAUGGCUCUGUUAAUGGUUUUCCAGUUAAACCCAACAAGCUCUUCAUGCAAGAGGCAAUUGGAGCUGAGUAUGGAGAAGGUUUUGAGACUUUUAGGCUGGACGGGCCCUUAAAGGUUGAUGUGGAUUACUUGAAUGAUAGAUUACAAGAAGGUUUUCUUAAGCGAAUUCGCUAUGCCAUGAAACCAGAUGAAGCUUAUGGUCUCAUUUUCUCUUGGGAUAAUGUCGUGUCAGAUACUCGAGCCCUGAAGUUAAAUGCCUGGAAACAACUUGCCUUUGAAGAGGGAAAGGAGAUUCCUAAUGAGGGUGAUUUUCAAAGGUUGAUGCUUUCUGCAGGUGCUGAUCAUGUAUUGCGUAAGAUCUUACUCUGGGAGACUACAGAAAGUGAAGUGGAUAGAUUGAAGUCGAGGCUCUUACAGAUUUAUUAUGAUAAUCUUCUAAAGCUAGAAAAACCAAUGGAUGGGCUAAAAGAAUGGCUUGAUGCUUUAUGUACUGCUCGCAUUCCAUGUGCUGUGGUUUCAAGUCUUGAUCGAAGGAACAUGGUUGAUGCCCUAGAACGAUUUGGCCUCAAGAAGUAUUUCCAGGGAUUAGUUUCUGAGGAAGAUGGUAUGGAGUCAAUGGCUCAUAAAUUUCUGUCAGCAGCUAUGAAGCUGGAUCGUAAACCAUCCAAGUGUGUAGUGUUUGAGGAUGAUCCUCGGGGUAUUACUGCAGCUCACAACUGUACUAUGAUGGCUGUGGCAUUGAUUGGUGCUCACCCUGCGUAUGAUCUGGUGCAGGCUGAUCUUGCAGUUGCUAACUUCAACGAGCUUUCAGUGAUAAAUCUUCGAAGAUUAUUUGCUAACAAGGGUUCUACCUUCAUGGACCGGCAAAAGCAGAUCAUAGAGAAAACUCCUCUGAAAAGGAAGCUUACAAUCGAUACCAUAUUCUGAUUUGUUUUUCACCUUCCUCUCUUUCAUUCAAAAUUGGUCCUUGUAAUUAAGCAACACCGUGGGUAGGACAGUUGUUUCCAUUUUAUACUCUUGUUAGGAAUAUGUUUUGCCAUACAUCAUUCAUCUGAUUGUACAGUGGAUAGGUUAAUUCAAUUUUCAUCACUGUGGAACUUCACAAUAAAUAUAAAUGUUACGACCGAGCAUCUGUGGACAAUCCAGAGUGCUGUUGUAAUUUUGUGCAGGAUCACUGAAAAUUAUUCAUUUUUUCCCUGGUUA